AAAAAUAUUCAUGAGGAAUAUAUCAGAAGUCCACAAAUAAAGUAAUGAAUCUGAAAAAAUCUUUUAGUUUAACGGUGGUAAAAAAAAAUAGAUUCAGUAAAAAUAAUCAUCACUUAAAUCUCAACACGAAGUUAAAAUUAAACAAAUGUUUCCCGCAAGAAACGGUGUCACAUGUUAGGCAGAAAAUGGAUCGUUCCGGAACACUGAGUUAAUACCUGUGGAGUUACCGAUCGACUUAGUUUCUGUUCAUUGAUUGCUACAGACAUGGUGUGGUAUUUGACCUGCGGACUUUCUGAAUUUAACUGGGUCAGAUUGCGUUGAAAAAGUCAGAACAUAAAGCCAGUGGAGUUUUUGAAAAUCUGCCACGAUCGAGCAGCUGCCCUCGGCCCAAUUUAGCGAUAUAAACCCGUUUACCUUCCAUCAUGGCGACCACCCUUGAUCUGUCUCAUGCAAUUCCUCCACAAACUUUGGCCAGACUUGCAAGGCAAUGGCUUGCAGAAGACACACCAAACUUUGACCCUGCUGGGCUCUGUGUUGGCUCCAGGGAGGUGCAGGCCACGCUCCUGUGUAAAUCUCCAGGAAGUGUACUUGCUGGCUGUCCUUUUUUUAAUGCAGUCUUUGCGGAGCUUGGCUGCGCUGUGGAUUGGCUCCACCCUGAGGGACAAAUACUUGGUCCAGACACAGUGACCCAGACUGCAGUAGUGACGGGUCCAGCGAGAUGCAUCUUGCUGGGGGAGAGGCCUGCUCUCAACUGCCUGGCCAGGACAUCAGGCAUCGCCAGCCGCUCGCACCAGCUGCUCGCUGUGGCCAGGUCUGCAGGCUGGGCAGGCCAGCUGUCCGGGACGCGUAAAACCACUCCGGGAUUUCGCCUGCCGGAGAAAUAUGCCAUGCUGGUUGGGGGGGUUUCCACUCAUAGGCAUGACCUCAGCGGAAUGAUCAUGCUGAAGGAUAACCAUGUUAAGGCAUCGGGGAGCAUCACACAGGCAGUGAGAGAUGCACGGUCUGUUUGUGGGUUCAGCAGUAAGAUUGAGGUGGAGUGUGCAAGCGAAAAUGAUGGCAGGGAGGCAGCAAAAGCAGGAGUGGAUAUUAUCAUGCUUGACAACUUCACCCCCGAGAGCAUGCACAGUGCUGCUCACUCACUGAAGCAGGACUUCCCUUCUGUGGUGAUUGAAGCCAGUGGUGGAAUAACUCCCUCCAACCUGAACCUCUACCUGUCCCACCACGUGGACGUCAUCUCUCUAGGCUGCAUCACUCAGGGUUACCCCACGGUCGACUUUUCCCUCAAAGUUCAGUAGAAAGGUCAUGUCCUUAGGUGAAGUUCUUACAGAAGUAGUCAUAAAUAGAAGUAUUUUGAUGAAAACACUAUGUAGUUUAAUCCGAAUGCCUAUCUCUUCUGAAAUGAACAUGAUUAAAAACUUGUAUCCAG